AGGGCGCUGCGCUGCGCGUGAGCACAUUCUGGUGUACUGGCGCACUCUUCACGUUGCUGCACUAGCUCAAACUCCGCUCACUGAAGAACAUUCUAAACUUCAAGUUGGGAAAUUCAGCUGAACCCUGCGUUCCUAAACAUGAGGAUCAAACGGAACAUCUGAUAGACCCUGAGCAGCAGUUUGAAUCAGGGUGAAGAGAGAGGAGGAGAUCGCAUCUCCACUCCGCGGAUGAUUUGUUUGCGUUGUGCAUUUCUUUCCUUCAGAAGUGACGAGUGGAAUGAGCUGUUUUUACACAUUGGUGGUUUCACUGCAGCAUGGGAACUGCCGUGUCCAAGAAGAAGAAUUUAAGGAAUGAUGCCAUUUCUUCUGUUGCCGCAAAAGUUCGAGCAGCUCGGGCAUUUGGAGAGUACCUUUCUCACACGCACCCUGAGAACCGCAACGGAUCAGAUCAUUUGCUAUCUGACACAUUCAUUGGUCAAGACACAGACUCCCCAGACAUCAGCCGACUGAACAACAAUAACAGCCUCCAGCCAUACUCCCAACACACUCUCUUAGUCAAGCCCAGUCAAGAAGAGGUUCAGCCAGGCAGCCAGUCUGCUCCCCUUCCUACCAGUUCCAAGCGACGUCUCUCAGUAGAACGCAGCCUUUCUUCUGAGGACCAGCAUCAUCAAAGGUGUGCAGAGAGCUCUUUGAAGCCAGCACGUGUCUACACCAUUACUAGGGAGCGGAAUAUGCUUGGGAGCCAGGGAAGCAAGGAGAGCCUGGAGCUAGAGGUGCUGAAGAGGACCACAGACCCGCCCAUAACCAACGCUUCCUCCAAUUUACAUGGCAGCCAUCAUCGAGGAAGCCACCAUCGUGGAAACAACGGCCCUACCCACCAGCAUCACUAUAGCCACCCGCCUCUGACGCAACCUUUGCAGAGCUCAGGGAGUGCCCAUAACAUCCGGGACUGGGGCUCUAGACGGAGCAGGUCAAGGGAGGAUUGCAUGCCGGAUUGUGUGGACUGCAUUCGGCCACACUGCCAGAGCCAGCGCUCUCUAGACCUUGAGACGUCACCCCAUGGUGGUGGCAAACAGCACAAGAAGCUGGAGAGGAUGUACAGUGAGGACCGUGUGUCCUAUGAGGAUCGAGAGGAUCACACAAACAGCUGGUUCCCUAAAGAGAACAUGUUCAGCUUCCAGACUGCCACCACCACCAUGCAAGCAAUAUCGGCUUUCCGUGGAAUUGCAGAGAGAAAGAGGAGGAAAAGAGAGCAAGAGGCCACCGCACUGAUGGAGAGAAACUUCCGGAAACAUCUGAGGAUGGUGGGCAGCAGGAGGGUGAAGGUCCAGACAUUUGCUGAUCGCAAAGCGAAGAGUUUCAGCAGGUCCUGGAGUGACCCCACACCCAUCAAGCCUGACUCUCUCCAUGACUCCAGAGACAGUGCAGACCUCCAGGCAUCGUCUGGCAAUCUGGAAGAAGAAGACUGUGAUGAUGUCGACUGGGAGGAAGAGAGAGAGUUGGAAAGAGCAGCCUGUGAGGGCGAUGACUUCAUCCCACCCAAAAUCAUGCUAAUUUCAUCAAAAGUACCAAAGGCUGAGUACGUUCCCAACAUCAUCAUUCGGGACGACCCCUCCAUAAUCCCCAUUCUCUAUGAUCAUGAACAUGCCACCUUUGAUGAUAUACUAGAGGAGAUUGAAAAGAAACUCACCGCCUACAGAAAAGGCUGCAAAAUCUGGAACAUGCUCAUAUUCUGUCAGGGAGGUCCAGGUCAUCUCUACUUAUUGAAGAACAAAGUGGCCACAUUUGCUAAAGUAGAGAAGGAGGAGGACAUGAUACAGUUCUGGAAGAGACUCGGCAGAUUUAUGAGUUUAUUAAAUCCUGAGCCCAACCUCAUCCAUAUUAUGGGCUGCUAUGUGCUUGGCAAUGCUAACGGAGAAAAGCUUUUUCAAAACCUCAAGAGACUGAUGAAACCUCAUGUCAUUGAGUUUAAGUCUCCUCUGGAACUGUCAGCUCAGGGUAAGGAGAUGAUCGAGAUGUACUUCGAUUUCCGCCUCUACCGCUUGUGGAAGAGCCGCCAACACUCCAAACUUCUCGACUACGAUGACCUUCUGUGACAUUGUGUCAUUGGUUUAAGCAGCCCAAGAGGCAGGUAGCUUUCUUUAGGGCCCACGCGGCAACACUCCCUCCAGAGAGAGCCUGGGCGGAAAAGCCCUGAGGUAGAAGGAGGAAGAUGAGGCUGAGGAUGAAGAUGGCUGACACUGAGAAGACGUUCCAGUUCUCUGCCCUCAAAUGUAACGAGGAAAAGCAGCCAUUACUGUUAGGUGCUGUGUGUUCACCCCAUCCAUUUGAGCUUUCAGCCCGAAAGAGAAACUUUUGGUAGAUAUCUGCCGGUCUUAACUUUAAGCCUGUGAGAGGUCUAGGAAAUAAUGUUCAAUGUCUUUGAGAACUGAAAAAGCUGUGUUAAGAAGGAGGAAAAAUAAGAACAGGUUUGUUUUUUAGUUUUUUGAGUAGCUGUUUUUGUGGUUAUCUAGCAGGGACAGUGAAACAAGGCCAUUUAACAGUGAAAAGGGCCUUGAGGUUAUUGUGUUAUUCACUAUCUACAAAUGCAGGAUAAACUGUGGAACUACAUUUCUGUUGUAUGUACAUAUUCACUCUAACUCUAUAAAAUAGCUACUGUAAUUUAUCUUUCAGCAUAAUAUUGCACUGUUUUAGUUGUUAAAAAAUUAAGGUAUGGUGGGUUUUUUAGGAUUCAUUAGAGGGAAUAUAACUCAGGUUUCAAUCGUUUAACUGACCUCCCUCUGUACGGUACCAUCUUUAGAUUCAGAGAGAGAAGAGGAGGGCGAAAGAGAAACGUUUUUUCAAUAGAAAGUUGUUCUGUCUGAAUGAUUGAGUUACCAGAGUGGCGUUGAAAUAGCACUCACACUUUAUAUCUGUAUCAGGAGCUUUGUGUGUUUAGAUGAUUGGAUUUCUAUACAGUAUACUAAUGUACUGUAUGUGUAACAUUAAGGCAUGUGUAGAUGGAGCUCAUUUUAGAUGGCAGAUUUAGUCUUUUAGCUUCAAAAAUGUUCAACAUUUUCUAGCAUCUUAAAAAAACAUUAAGAUUUUAAAAUUGAUUCAUUUUGACAGUAAUAUAGCCACCAUUAUUCACUUAGAGAAUUUGCGUCAUUUUUGUGUAUUUUCUCUCUCUGUCUGUUUGUUUGUUAUAUGCGUCUGUCAGUAUUUGACAUGAUGUCAAACUCUUUUUUGUGGCGUUUUCUCUGUAGGUGGAGGAUAACUGAUCAUUUUCCAUUUCUGAGAAGUCAAAGUGCAAUUGUAUUUGCAAUAUUUCUCUUUUCAAUAUUAAGUGGUACUGAAUGUUACUGUGAUCCUGUUUUGAAUAUCAAGAUUAGGUUUUUUUUUCAUAGUAUACAGGAUAGUACAUUUAGCCUUUAAAUUGGUUCUCUGUGGAGGAUAAUGUUCUCGAAUCACUCUAGUUGGUGCGUGGGUGUGUGGGUGUGUUUUGGAUGCACCAAACAGAUAAAAUAGUAGAUAGUUGUAAUCUUUAAUCAUCACGAGUGGAUGUUCAAGUGCAAAACAGCAGAAGCUGGAGCAAUAGACAGUACAAAGCAUUUUAUAAAAAGCUGCCAGACAGAAAAACUGCAAUGUGGUUAGUGUUUCUGGGGUAAUAUUACGAAGAUGAGGAUGCAUUGCAAUAUUCGGUGGAGGCAAACAGGAUAAAGAUCCCUGAUAUCGCUAUAUUUAGAGCAUAAAAUUGUUGUUUGCAGUUGUGGAGAGUAUGUGAAGAAUUACACAUAUACCCAUAUCUGUGUUUGUGAGUGUGCUUUAGCUUUAGAGAUGCAGACAGGGGCACUGAGAUGUGAAGGAUGCAUCUGUGUUUGCCUUCUGUUGAUCCAUCACAUCUCUUUUCGUCUCCGACCACUCAUGCAGACGCUUGGAAAAUCAAAUAAAGCACAAAAUCUAUGUAUCUGUUGGGCCAUUGGGGAAUGAAGUGUGUUAUGAUUAGAUCAAUUCAAAACAGCCAGACCUUUUCUUUACUGUUCAUACGAUUGCAUGUUGUUAUAUGGCUUUGUGUUUUGUUAUCCAAGCUCAUUUAAACUUGUGAUCAUUUCUGCACUGUUUCUACCAAAGUUGGUGUAUGCUAUAAUGCCAUAAUGAUUGUAAAAAGGCUAGAUAUGAAUAUAUAUGAUCUAUGGGUGUCAGCAUUUGAUUUCAUGUGUGUUGUCACUGAUUGAGCCAAUGGCACGUGAGAACUGUAAGGACUCAGCAAGAGCUCUGAGGAUCACGGAGCCAUCUGGAUCGGCAGAAAGGUCUUUGGGAAGUCAGGCAUGAAACGUGAUGUGUGAAGACCCCCCUACCCUUGCAAUAAGAUAUUUAGUGUAUGCCGUAUGGCAUCGUGUUGAUUGUAUAAUGCAUCAGAAAGUCAUUUCAUGUAUUCAUUGUUAUGUGUCAUGUUAGGCAGGUUUUAGAAAAUGAAAGAAGUUGGUGGAAACAUGCAUGUGUGUCUCAUUCCUAACCAAUCCAUCUUUGUGCAUCUCUGCACACUAUUUUCUGUAGCAAUAGACAUUGUAACAUGAUCGGUAUGGUUUCUAGGACACACUUUACUCUAGAACGGUGUUGUAUGAAUAUCUUUGUAUGUUGUUUAUGUUUCCUGCAGCAUACGUUUUAUUUUUACCAUGGCCAAUGGCUUUGCAGCACAAUGGAAAGAGACAUAUGGGAUGUCAUUGAGCUUUGGGCAAUAAUAUUUGACGGCUUCAGGCAGUUUCUCUCUGUUGACUGUACAAAUUAUUCAUGAUCUCGAUAUGAAGAAAUGAAACUGAAUGGUUAGUUGUGAUGCUAAUUCAAACUUUAAAAUCAAUAAAGCACUGAGAUACCUGAAAACAAUAUUACAGUUAGUUCCCUUAAGAGUGUGUGAAGCAAACCUAAAGGCUUGAUAUGUUGAUAUUAAAGAGAAUUUGAGAAACAUCUGCAGAAUGUUCAAAUGGUUCUGUUGUGGUUUUGAUGUGUUACCCGCCUGGCAACAGAAAAUGCCUCCAAGAGCCUGAUUUUGACCUAUAGAGCUAAAUAUGAAGAAUAAUACAUCAUCAGUAUAUCUUUUUUUUUAAUGUCUGGACUGUUACACUGCUUCAUAUGUAAAAAUAAACAAAUAAAUAAUAAUAAUAAUUAAAUUUUAAGCUUUUUAAAAGCAAUAUUUUAUUUGAUAUUAUUGGUUAUAUAGUUCUUGUCCUGUGUAUAAACUGGCAUCCUGCUUUCUGAAAUGGAGUGGUUAAUUAGAUUAAAUGCUGAAUGAUUGACAGCACCAUGAUCGUUAGACUCUUUGGCUUAUGGUGUUUUUAAGAGAAAUAUAUUUUCCAGAUUUGGAUUGCCUUUUUUAAUUUCUGCAAAGCCUGAUGGGUGAAGCUAAUCAUUUUUAAGCUUUGUCAGUAGCAAAGAGAAUACUUUAAAUAGCCUAUAUUACAGUAUCUAGAAAGUCUUGAAGAUUGAUGACUGUAAACAUGUAUGGUUUUCUUAGUCUGGCUACAUUGUCAAAUAGAGUAUAUGACAUUAUAGUGUUUAGUUCAGUUAAAUGGUCAAUAUUUCUUAAGCAAAUUGGCUCAUCUUGUCAAUUUGCUACUUUGAAGGACCGAGCAUAAGCUCAUAGUUUCUAUCUCUUUAGCUCAGUGUUCACAGCAUUUACUAUGAGAUGUUGUAUUCAGGAAGGUGGUUUGCUGUAAAAUUGUUUGUUUUUCCCUGUACGACCUCUUCACAGCAAUGAACACUGGAAAUGUUUCCUAACCUGUUUUACAGUAAAAUAUACCCAGUUUUAAGUGGAA